UAGAAUCGAGCUUUCCCACAAAUCGCUUCAUCCAUUGCUCUUUCGAGAUAGACGGACAAAAUACAUGAAGGGCAUCAUGGUGCCAUAUUCCUCUACUCAUGGCCGCCUCGCCAUGGCCGGUAGCUUGGCACUGUUCUGCCUGCUGAUGGGGUUGGCUUCAGUCGGAUUAGCUCACGAUGGCGAGCUGCGCGUCGGUUACUACAGCCGCAGCUGCCCUUCCGUGGAGGACGUCGUGAGAAGCACGGUCGCAAAGGCUGUUGCUAGCGAUCCCGGCAUGCCUGCUGCGCUGAUCAGGUUGCACUUCCAUGACUGCUUUGUCAGGGGUUGUGAUGCAUCUGUGCUGCUGGACUCCACCCCGGGCAACCCAGCCGAGAAGGAUUCCCCUACAAACAACCCCAGCCUCAAUGGAUUCGACGUCAUAGAUGCAGCCAAAUCCACCUUGGAGUCCCAAUGUCCGCAAGUCGUCUCUUGUGCUGACAUCGUUGCCUUUGCCGCCCGGGAGUCCGUCCGCAUCGCCGGAGGAUUUUACUACCCAGUGCCGGCCGGGCGACGAGACGGCCUUGUCUCCAAGAAAUCUGAAGUUAACCAGAACUUGCCGAUGGCAUUCUUCAACGUCAAGCAAUUGGAAGAGAACUUUGCAAGAAAGGGCUUCUCGUUGGAGGACAUGGUCACGCUGUCCGGUGCACACACGAUCGGGGAUUCCCACUGCUCUGCUUUUUCGAACAGGCUCUAUAACUUCAAGAACACAACGAAUGCAUCAGAUCCAUCCAUGGACCAGACGUAUGUGUCUGACCUGAAAAGCAAAUGCCCAGCUCCAGGAUCGGGGCAGGAUCCAACCGUAUCAUUGGACCCAGUGACACCACGGACGUUGGACAACCAGUACUACGUGAACGUGAAGUCGCACAGGGGCCUUCUCUCAUCAGACCAGGCAUUGAUGGACAGGGCAGACACGGCCAGGAUGGUGCUGGCGAACAUAAACAGUGGGUCGAUGUGGUUGCAUAAGUUUGCGGAUGCGAUGGUGCGGAUGGGGAAGAUCGAGGUGUUGACUGGGUCGCAGGGACAGAUCAGAAAGUCCUGCAGGGUUGUCAAUUGAAGUCGUUGGUUAGGUUUCAAUAAUGCUUUGAUCCCUAGUUCUGGCUGUCCGAAUCUGAAAAUCUAAAACCGUUCUUUUUCUCAUGUCUGAUAUUAUAGCAGACAAAAAUAAUGUGAUGAAGUUUGGCUAUGUCCAAUUGGCUAUCAUCACCAACUUUAUCCAUUUCAGUUGUACUCGUCAGACAAGUGAUUGU